GUGUGUGUGUGUGUGUGUGUGUGUGUGUGUGUGUGUGUGUGUGUGUGUGUGGUGUGUGUGUGUGUGCGUGUGUGUGUGUGUGUGUGUGUGUCGUAAAUGCUUGAACUGAAAGUUGAAGGUUGCGUUUUGUAAUCCCCAAAUGCCAACAGCCAUUGAACGAUCGACAAGACUCGUGCCCAUUUUCUACGUUUGUGAUUGUGCCAGUUGGGCGUCACAAGGGGCUGGCCUAGCGCCUAUCCCGCACACCAGCACGCUUUGCUUGGACCCUUCCCUUGUAUUGGUUUGAAUGAAUCCAACAGUACGAUUUCUUCUGUCAGGUCUUCUGCUCAGUGUGUUGGCUGCAUUGGCUCUCUUAUAUUCUUUGGACACCACUGAGCAACAGCGCGACGAUGCUGUGUUCGCUAGUGCUACGGCUAAGUCCGCUAACGAGCGAUCUCCGGAGAUUUACCGACUGGUCCUAGCCGUGCUUAGCGCUAGGAAUCACCAUGAGCGGCGACACUUUAUCCGCGAAACGUGGGGCAAGGAAGUGCGCGACAAGGCUGGUGUGAAACUGGAGUUCGUUGUUGGCGAGGAGUGCUCGGUGCCCGUGAAGCUACGUGAGGAUCCACAGUCCUGCGAGCAACGACAGUGGAAGCCCGACUCUGGACAGGAAAUUCACGAAGCUGUUUCAGUUGGGCAUGAGUCGCCGAGUCCAGUACAUGAUUGCCAGAGAAUCGUCCAGCCGGACGAAACAUUGGGCAUUGACUUCGAGCUUCUGGACGAUGUUGUGAUAACGCAUCUUGGCGUGUACGACCAAGCCCAGGAUGGUCUGCACGGUACGGGCCAACUAUUGGUGGAGAUUUACGAUAGCGUCCUGGAAAAACUGAUAGUCAGUCAGGCGUUGAGCAGUGGAGAUACAGAGCUAGAACGACGCGGUCACUUUCUGUACAAGCCCGUCACCAACUUUGCCUUCCCCAAAGGAUUCUUGGGCAGUGUAGUUGCAAGUGGGUUUAGUGCCGUGAAUGCUGCAGUUGACGUUGCACAACCGCGCUGCAACACUGCUCCGUCAAACGCAUCACGAGCCAGCAAUGACCCGAUGCGCUUGCGGAGAAGAAGUCGUCACGGAAUGGCAGCCGCCGCCGGCUUUCUCCCGCCCAUGGUGGAAAGUGUGUUUGAGCGUACGCCAAGGUACCUGGCCGCAUCGUUUCUCUACACGGCGCACCCAACCACGGCUGGUAAGGAUGUGCCCACUCAUGACGCUCAGCUGUACCUGAUCAAGGAGCACAGACACCAAUCUUUCACCAGAGCACAGUUACUAGAUGCAGAGCAAGCAGACUACGGGGACAUUGUCACAGUAGCAACGGUGGAUACUUACAGGACACUAGCAGACAAACUGAUGGCGUACAUGAAGCUGCUCGUCGACAGCACACAGUUCCAGUUUCUCCUGAAAACCGACGACGACUGUAUGCUCAGAGUGCCAGCAAUAUUGAACGGAAUUGCGACAAUCGGUGGUGACCUGACCCGUGUGUGGUGGGGACGCUUUCGCCGGAAUUGGAGCGUCGAGCGCUUUGGCAAGUGGCGUGAGCUGGAUUUCACCGGCAAGGUGUAUCCGCCGUUCGCCUGCGGCUCGGGUAGUGUGCUCUCGCGAGACGCGGUCGCGUGGAUAGCGUCGAACAGCCAAUCGCUGAAGCCAUACCAGGGUGAAGACGUCAGCCUUGGCAUGUGGCUACUUGCAAUCGGCGUGAAGCACUGGGACGACGAGCGUUGGUACUGCUCUGCGGAUGCGUACCACACGGCGGGGAACAGGUCUGAUUACCUAUCUGUACCGAAUCUGACCAUCGACCAGAUGAGAGACCUGUGGAGAAAAGAAACAACAUGAAACACACAAACUCUUGGGACAAUGCUAAAGCAAUACUUUCUCGCACUAUGCGACAACUGUGUGUUCUUCUUCUUGCAUGGGAGUGCACAAUUAUAAUUUGUUGGAAAUUCCAAGGCUCUCAUCAUGUACUGUACUCAAUCAAUAUCAGAUUUUCUAGAGCUACAGAGUACAGACACAAAUUAUGUAAGCAACUCACCUUCUUUACUGGCACAAUAUCAAACUGGAGCUACAUGUAUGUAGCUGUACUUCAAAUUACAUGACAUGCCAAGGUGCUGCUGCAGCUUGGGAGGUA